GCGCCAGGGGCGACGCAGGACAUGGUCUUCCAGUGGGUGGACUGCCCCGCCUUCGGCCGCCAGGGCCAGCCGCAGCAGCACUACCUGGCGGCGCCCGCCCUCUCGUGCCUGGCCGGCACGGGCGGAGCGGGCGGAGGGGGCGCCGAGGGCGGGAGGGCCGUCCCCGGAAGGGGCUCGUCACGGAAACGGGUCGGCCGUGGCAGCUCCGCGGUCGAAGACCGGCUGGCGGCCCCGCUGCUCGCCGCGGCGGCCGGGGCCUGCCUGGCCACCGCCUUCGCGGCGCCCGCGGGCGCCCCACCCCGCCGCGGGCUGGGCGGCGACGGGCCUCUCUGCAAGCCACUGGGAGCCUCCAUGGGCAAGCGGCAUGCCUCAGACCUGGGCCUCGUAACCGAGCGGAUCGCGACGUUGCUCUUCGGACGCUUCCCGAUUCUGCAAGACCGGAGGCAGGAGGGCGCGGCGCCGCUGCACCGCGGGAGAGCGUGUUCCUCGCAGGGCGGCGGGGGGCGCGCUGCGCUGCUGGCGGUGCUGUCAAAGGACCGGGCUGGACGAAAGGACGGGCUGGAGAGCAUCGCGGAGCACACGUACCACCCGGGCAGCUACACGCCGCUGGACAACCUGCUGAAUCCCAGGUGGAUGUGGCUGACCGAGCGCUUGCCCACCUGGCUGGCGCCGAAUCUGGUGACCGUCGUCGGCUUUGCGCCGCUGGUGGCCUCCUACCUGCUGCUGUGGCGCUACUCCCCAGACUUCGCGACGACGGUCCCCAGGUGGCUGUGCCUCUUUGUCGCCUUCUCCACGUUCUUCUAUCAGAGCACGGACGCGAUGGACGGCAAGCAGGCCCGCCGGACCGGCUCGGCGACUCCGUUGGGGCAGCUCUUCGACCACGGUUUCGAUUGCCUGGCCUGCAUCUCCGUACACUCCGCCGCGGGGAUGGUGUUGCUCUUCGGGGGCAGCUACCUGAACGUAGGCUGCAUCGCGGCGCUGAUGACGGGCUUCUUCCUGGCUCAGUGGCAGGAGCGCAGGGGUGGCUCCAAGGCACGGGACCAGGGGCAGUCCAGGGGGGAGACUCGGGGCAGUCCAGGGGCGGGAGUCGUCGAGGAGGAGGCGGGAGAGAAUAGCCCCAGUGGCCCAUUCAUCGCCCAGAAUCAGAGCCCCGAAUCAUCAGGGGUAACUCGGGUCAGGGCUAACUCGGGUUCGCUUUUCGGGAUUCCGAACCCGAGUUACCCCGGGCCCGAGUUACCCCGGAUAAUUCGGGCGUCCAGAGCCCUAAAUCAUCAGGGGUAA